UUAGUUACAAAAGGUAUGACGUCACUGAAAAAUCUGUUAUAUUAUAAAAUAACCACUAGCUUAAGAGAAGUCGAAAUCUUCAGCUACUCUCCUUUCAUGUUAAGACCUUUCUGUGUUAGCCGUCGUUUUCUGUUCAGAGCUGCUGGGUUUAACUCUUCUCAUCGCAAUUCUAGGUCGGUAAGCUCGAGAAUAUUGCAAAUGGCGCCUCCAAUCUUGUCUUUGGCUCUUCCUUCAGAGACUGGUCGUGUUCUCAGCAUUCAAUCUCAUACUGUUCAGGGAUACGUUGGCAACAAGUCAGCUGUCUUUCCCCUCCAGAUUCUAGGUUAUGAUGUUGAUCCAAUCAAUUCAGUACAAUUCUCAAACCAUACAGGAUAUCCAUCCGUUAAAGGCCAAGUUUUGAAUGGGCAACAACUAUGGGAUCUAAUAGAAGGUCUUGAAGGAAAUGACUUACUGUAUUAUACUCAUUUGUUAACAGGUUAUAUUGGUUCUGUUUCAUUUUUGAACACUAUAUUGGAAGUAGUCAAUAAGCUGCGGUCCAUAAAUCCAAAACUCACAUAUGUUUGUGAUCCAGUGAUGGGUGACGAAGGAAAGCUUUAUGUUCCACCCGAGCUAGUAGCUGUGUACCGUGAAAAGGUUGUCCCAGUGGCUUCAAUGUUGACACCUAACCAGUUUGAAGCUGAACAGUUGACUGGGUUCAGGAUUGUCACUGAAAAGGACGGCAGGGAAGCUUGUAACACUCUUCAUGCUGCUGGACCCUCAAAGGUCAUAAUCACAAGCAUCAAUAUAGAUGGAAAUCUUCUCCUCGUUGGCAGUCAUCAAAAAGAAAAGGACCAACCUCCUGAGCAAUUCAAGAUAGAGAUACCCAAAAUUCCUGCAUAUUUUACGGGAACCGGGGAUCUGAUGACUGCACUUCUGCUUGGAUGGAGUAAUAAAUAUCCUGACAAUCUUGGCACAGCAGCAGAGCUUGCAGUAUCAAGCUUGCAGGCGCUUCUGCAGAGAACAGUGAAUGACUACAGAAGCGUCGGAUAUGAUCCCCAGUCUAGCAGUUUGGAGAUCAGACUAAUUCAAAGCCAGGAUGACAUUCGCCAUCCUCAAGUUAAAUUUAAAGCUGAAAAAUAUGAUUAGAAGGGUGAAACUGUAAUGAAGUUUAACUGUGGGAUGUUCAUGUCAAAAACUUCUUCUAUUUUGGCUUAUAUAACAAUUGAAGGAAUAAGGUUUAAUUUGCCCCUUGAACUUUUCGAAAAAGAUCAAUUCACCCCUUUUGACCUUUUUUGUUCA